GGCUACUCAUUCUUAGCAGUAACGUUUUGCACUUUUGCACACUACCCGUAGUCUUGAUGAUUGUGCCAAACAGCCAGUGCUUACAUGCUACGGAUACACGCGCGCAUACUCCAGGAAAAAAAAAGAAAAAAAGAAAUGAACAUGAUCUAGCAGAGAGAUGAACCCACCUAUGUCCCGAGCCGGUAGCUACUCACUAUUGCCUGAAACGAAAACUGAAAAACACCAACUCGCAGUGUCACGUUAGACUCGUCUGAGAAUGAUUCAGCGAGUUGUUAUGCGUUUGUGCUUGCUACUCAACUAGCUAGCUUGUUAGCUAGCCAGCCAACGCGUGCUACGACUGUCUAAGCUGAAACGCCGGGGUAACGUGAAUGGAACAUGCUGUUAAGUGGGUUAAGUCACCAACUUACUUACUGAGCAACAAAUAGAUAGUAUUGACAAUGAAGGUCGACAGAAGCAAGUUAAAGAAAACCCCCACAGAAGCUCCUGCAGACUGCAGGACACUUAUAGAGAAGCUCAAGGCAUGCAACGAUGAGCAACUGCUGGUCGAGCUGCAGCAUAUUAAAACCUGGAAUAUUGGCAAGUGUGAACUGUAUCACUGGGUGGACCUGCUGGACCGCUUUGAUGGCAUUCUGUGUGACGCGGGCCAGACGGUUGAGAGCAUGACAUGGCUGCUGGUGUGUGACCGUCCAGAGAACGGGCAGCUCAAAGCCCUGCUGUUAGCAGUGCUCAACUUCACUGCUCUGCUCAUUGAGUAUAGCUUCUCCAGGCAUCUGUACAGCUCCAUAGAGCACUUAACCACCUUGUUAGCGUCAUGUGACAUGCAGGUGGUCCUGUCUGUGCUGAACCUACUCUAUGUGUUCAGCAAGCGGUCCAACUACAUCACAAGACUAGGCUCUGACAAGAGGACUCCUCUACUGGCCCGUCUGCAACACCUGGCUGAGAGCUGGGGAGGAAAGGAGAAUGGCUUUGGUCUUGCUGAGUGCUGCAGAGAUCUGCCUAUGACAAAGUACCCUCCCAGUGCCACCACAUUGCACUUUGAGUUUUAUGCUGAACCAGGCCCUGAGGUCAAGGUAGAGAGGAAGCAGACAAGUAGUAACACACUACACUAUAUUCACAUCGAGCAGCUUGACAAGAUUUCAGAGAGCCCGUCUGAGAUCAUGGAGUCGCUGACAGUGAUGUACAACAUCCCUAAAGACAAGCAGACCCUGCUCUUCACACACAUUCGACUGGCCCAUGGCUUCUCCAAUCACAAGAAGAGGCUGCAGGCUGUGCAGGCCCGACUGCAUGCUAUCUCUAUACUGGUGUACUCAAAUGCACUCCAGGAGUCAGCCAACAGUAUUCUGUAUAAUGGCUUGAUAGAGGAGCUGGUUGAUGUACUUCAGAUUACAGACAAACAGCUUGUGGAUAUAAAGGCAGCAUCUUUGCGCACUUUAACUUCAAUUGUUCAUCUGGAGAGGACACCCAAGCUUUCCAACAUUAUCGACUGCACUGGCACUGCCUCUUACCAUGGUUUCUUACCUGUGUUGGUGCGCAACUGUAUACAAGCAAUGAUUGACCCUCUGAUGGAGCCCUACCCACACCAAUUUGCCACUGCGCUCUUCUCCUUCCUCUACCACCUAGCCAGCUAUGAUGCUGGAGGGGAGGCACUGGUCUCAUGUGGCAUGAUGGAAGCCCUGCUCAAAGUGAUCAAGUUCCUUGGUGACGAACAGGACCAGAUCACCUUUGUGACACGAGCAGUGCGGGUUGUAGACCUCAUCACCAACCUGGACAUGGCUGCCUUUCAGUCCCACAGCGGCCUUUCCAUCUUCAUCUGCCGACUAGAGCAUGAGGUGGACUUGUCGAGGAAAGAGUGCCCUUUUGUCAUAAAGCCAAAGAUCCAGAGGCCCAGUGCGGCUGUGGAGUCUGAGGACAUGGACACAGACAUGGACAUGUCAGAAGUUGCCAUGGAAAGCAGCCCUGGCCCAUCAACAUCUUCUGGUUCCAGACCAGAGGUGGACCACCGAGCACAGAGCAGCACUGCCAACCCACCACGUGCAGGUAUGCAGUGUAUCCCACAGAGGGCAGCUCUGUUGAAGUCAAUGCUUAACUUCUUGAAGAAAGCCAUCCAGGACCCUGCCUUUUCUGAUGGUAUCCGCCAUGUAAUGGAUGGGUCCUUGCCUACCUCACUCAAGCACAUCAUCAGUAAUGCAGAAUAUUAUGGCCCUUCGCUCUUCCUGUUAGCAACGGAGGUUGUGACGGUGUUUGUGUUCCAGGAGCCGUCCCUGCUCUCCUCCCUACAGGAUAACGGUCUCACUGAUGUCAUGCUGCAUGCCCUUCUCAUCAAAGACUGUUUCUCUCUGCAGGUUCCUGCUACCCGUGAGGUGUUGGGUUCCCUCCCUAAUGUGUUCAGUGCCCUGUGUCUGAAUGCAAGAGGCUUGCACUCCUUCGUUCAGUGCCAACCCUUUGAGCGCCUCUUCAAGGUGCUUUUGUCACCUGACUACCUGCCUGCCAUGCGACGGCGGCGCAGCUCUGACCCAUUGGGUGACACUGCGUCAAACUUGGGCAGUGCAGUGGAUGAGCUCAUGAGGCACCAACCCACUCUGAAGACUGAUGCCACCACUGCCAUCAUUAAGUUGCUGGAGGAAAUCUGCAACCUAGGCCGAGCCCCUGAGUAUAUAUGCCAGAAGCCGUCUAUCCAGAAGGCAGAUGGCACUGUGGCUGUGCCCCCAGCGCGCUCUAGCCACGCUGCUGAGGAGGCCUCAAGUGAAGAUGAGGAGGAGGAGGAGGCCCUCCACACGUUCAGCCAGCAGCAGGGGGAGCCAGAGAGCAACAGACAGUCAGUGCCACUUGAACUGGUGGUUGGCACUGAAGAGCGGAUACCCAUUCCACUAAUGGAUUAUAUUUUGAAUGUGAUGAAGUUUGUGGAGUCUAUACUGAGCAACAACACCACCGAUGACCACUGUCAGGAGUUUGUCAAUCAGAAGGGGCUGCUACCCCUAGUCUCUAUCCUGGGCCUGCCCAACUUGCCCAUAGACUUCCCUACCUCUGCUGCUUGCCAAGCUGUAGCUGGUGUCUGCAAGUCUAUACUGACCCUUUCUCAUGAGCCCAAGGUGCUCCAGGAGGGUCUUUGCCAGCUGGACAGUAUCCUGACUGCCCUGGAGCCUCUCCAUCGCCCUAUUGAGGUGCCCGGGGGAUCUGUCCUGCUCAGAGAGCUGGCCAAUGCUGGCCAUGUCACCGAUGCUACACUGUCAGCCCGUGCUACACCACUCCUACAUGCUCUUACCGCAGCGCAUGCCUACAUUCUGAUGUUUGUCCAUACAUGCAGGGUAGGACAGAGUGAGAUCAGGGCCAUCUCAGUCAACCAGUGGGGCUCCCAGUUGGGUCUCAGUGUCCUUAACAAGCUGAGCCAGCUCUACUGUUCUCUGGUGUGGGAGAGCACUGUGCUGCUGUCCCUUUGCACACCCAACAGUCUGCCUCCAGGUUGUGAGUUUGGCCAGGCUGACAUGCAGAAAUUGGUGCCCAAGGAGGAGAAGCCAUCUGGCAGUAAUGUAGCAGCCACAGCCUCUGGCUCCAGGAGAGCUGCUGAGUCUGAAGCAGUAUCUGUUGAUUCAUCAGCUGGGGGCCUGCUGGAGGGCAUGGGCCUAGACGGGGACAGUCUAGCCCCCAUGGAGACAGAUGAGCCCACUGCCACUGACCCUAAAGCCAAGUCCAAACUUACCCCAGCAAUGGCAACCCGCAUUAAACAGAUUAAGCCACUACUCUCUGCCUCAUCCCGCCUUGGCAGGGCUCUGGCUGAGCUUUUUGGCCUGCUGGUCAAAUUGUGUGUGGGCUCCCCAGUGCGCCAACGGCGCUCUCACCAUGCCACAAGCACAGGCACUACCCCCACGCCUGCUGCCAGGGCCACAGCCUCCUCCCUCACCAAGCUCCUCACCAAGGGUCUGAGUUGGCAGCCCCCACCCUACACACCCACCCCACGCUUUAGGCUGACUUUCUUCAUCUGCUCAGUUGGCUUCACAUCUCCCAUGCUGUUCGAUGAGAGGAAGUACCCAUACCAUCUCAUGCUGCAAAAGUUUUUCUGUUCAGGAGGACAUGAUGCCCUAUUUGAAACAUUUAAUUGGGCCCUGUCCAUGGGUGGUAAGGUGCCUGUGUCUGAGGGGCUGGAGCAUGCUGAUCUGCCAGAUGGCACAGGGGAGUUUCUGGAUGCCUGGCUAAUGCUGGUUGAGAAAAUGGUGAACCCUAGCACUGUGCUAGACUCCCCCCACUCACUGCCAGCUAAAGUGCCUGGAGUCACCCCCACCAUGCCCCAGUUCAGCGCACUGCGGUUCCUCAUUGUCACCCAGAAGGCGGCAUUCAACUGCAUCCGCAGCCUAUGGAACAGGAAGCCCCUAAAGGUGUAUGGUGGCAGGAUGGCUGAGUCCAUGUUGGCCAUCCUCUGCCACAUCCUGAGAGGGGAGCCUGUUAUCCAGGAGCGCUUGGCCAAGGAAAGGGAGGGCACGGUGCGUCCAGAGGAGGAGGGGGCCUCCACAGGGUCUGUGGCCCCCAGCGGAGCCCCUGGACCUGCCGCAACAGCUGGAGAGGGACCGCCAGUGGCAGGAACAGCUUCUGGAGGAUCAGCAGGAGGAUCUACUGAUGACUGUGCCACCACCGCUCCCCGUCGUGAGCCUCAGGUCAACCAGGCUCAGCUCACACAGGGAAGAGGCAGAGGGAGAGGGAGGCACCCACAGGUCCGCCAGCAACAGCUCCAGCAGCUGAUGGACAUGGGUUUCUCUAGAGAGCACGCAAUGGAAGCCCUGCUUAACACCAGUACCAUGGAGCAAGCCACAGAGUACCUGCUUACACACCCUCCUCCUCUUAGUGGAGCUGUCAGGGACCUUACAAUGUCUGAAGAGGACCAGAUGAUGAGGGCCAUUGCCAUGUCACUGGGGCAAGAGGUCAGCAUGGAGCAGCGCUCAGACUCACCUGAGGAGGCAGCUCGUCGACGUGAGGAAGAUGACAGGCGAGCCAGGGAGCGGGCAGAAGAGGAGGAGGCCCGCUGCUUGGAGCGCUUCAUGGAGGCUGAACCACUGGACCCCCAGGAGCUGCAUGCCUUCACUGACUCUAUGCUGCCUGGCUGUUUCCAUCUGUUGGAUGAGCUGCCUGAUACAGUCUAUCGGCUCUGUGACCUGCUGAUGACAGCAAUCAAGAGGAGCGGCCCAGAAUUCAGAGACCUCAUGCUUGGCCAAGUUGUCCACCAGGUGUGGGAUGCAGCAGAUGUACUGAUCAAAGCGGCUGUGCCCCUGACCACCAGUGACACAAAGACAGUGUCUGAGUGGACCAGACAGAUGGCCACACUGCCCCAGGCCUCUAAACUGGCAACUCGAAUUCUGCUGCUCACAUUGCUUUUUGAGGAGCUGAAACUGUUUUGUGCCAUAGUGGUGGAGAACAGUGGGAUUCUCGAUUUGCUGAUUAAGCUACUUGAGGUGGUGCAGCCCUGUUUGCAGGCUGCCAAAGAACAGAAGGAUAUCCAGACACCAAAAUGGAUUACCCCAGUACUGUUGAUCAUUGAUUUCUAUGAGAAGAUGGCAGUCUCCUCCAAGCGCAGAGCACAAAUGAACAAGUACCUACAGCCUAACGGUAAUAACUGGCGAUGGUUUGAUGACCGCUCAGGCCGCUGGUGCAGUUACAGUGCAUCCAACAAUAGUACCAUUGAUUCGGCGUGGAGGGCAGGGGAGAGCAGUGUCCGGUUCACAGCUGGACGCAGGAGAUACACUGUGCAGUUCAACACAAUGGUGCAGGUGAAUGAGGAGACAGGUAACAGGAGGCCAGUCAUGCUGACUGUCCAGAGAGUGCCUCGCAUACCAAAGCCUGCCAAGACUGGCAGCAUAACUGAUUCUGAGAGAGAGGAGGGAGACAGGAGCAAGGCAGAGGAGACACAGACUGACUCAGAUUCUGUGGCAGCAGUGGAGAUGGGCGCCCCAAAGGAUGAUUCUAGCCAGCUGAAGGAGACAUCUUCUGGCCCCUCAUCCUCCCUGGAGACUGACCACUCCCUGGGUUCUGAUAUUGUGGUGCAAGGCCUAACUGAGGACAUGACCACUGUUCUGAUCCGAGCCUGUGUCAGCAUGAUUAGUGUGCCAGUUGACCCAGACACCCUCCAUGCCACACUGCGUCUCUGUCUGCGCUUGACACGUACUCACCACUAUGCUAUGAUGUUUGCCGAGCUGAAGAGCACACGGAUGAUCCUAGGAUUGACGCAGGGCUCAGGCUUCAAUGGCUUCACCCCACUUGUUACCCUGCUGUUCAGACACAUCAUAGAGGAUCCAGCCACACUAAGGCACACCAUGGAGAAGGUGGUGAGGUCAGCAGUGACCAGUGGAGCAGGUAGCACCACCUCAGGUGUGGUGUCAGGAAGCCUUGGUUCCAGGGAGAUAAACUACAUUUUGCGUGUCCUUGGCCCUGCUGCCUGCCGUAACCCUGAUUGCUUUACUGAAACUGCCAACAGUUGUGUCCGCAUUGCUCUUCCUGCACCCCGUGGAGCUGGCACAGCCUCUGAUGAUGAGUUUGAGAACCUGCGAAUCAAGGGGCCUAAUGCUGUGCAGCUGGUGAAGACCACUCCUCUUAAACUGUCCCCUCUGCCCCCUAUCCCUGACACCAUCAAGGAGGUCAUCUAUGACAUGCUCAAUGCUCUUGCUGCCUACCAUGCACCUGAAGAGCCUGAGCGUCCAGAGGAACGUGCAGUGACAGUGCCCGGGGGUCAGGACCUGUGCCAGAUCCUACAGGAUGUUGGUGAUGAUGUUUACCAUCAGUACAGACUCACUCGGCAGGGCAGCGACUUUGACUCCCAGUCUGCCUUCCAUAUCAAUGCUCAAGUGUUCGCUGCUGAUGGAGGUGUGGCUGAGUCUUCCCAGUCUGGCACUCCACAAGGAGAGGCCUCAACACCUGAAGAAAUGCGGGAGGAAAAGAAGGAGCAGGAAGGAGAAAAGGGUGCCAGCUCAGAGGAGGCUAAAGCAGCUAAAGUAAAGGCUAGCAAACCUCUGAUGCCAACCUCCACCAUCCUAAGACUGCUGGCUGAGCUAGUGCGCUCAUAUGUAGGAAUUGCCACUCUGAUUGCCUCUUACUGUUACACUGCUGGACAGUCUGAGCUCAUUAAGGAGGAUUGCAGUGUUCUGGCUUUUGUGCUUGAUCACUUGCUGCCCCACACCCAGAAUUCAGAGGACAAGGACACCCCAGCUUUGGCACGCCUUUUCCUAGCCAGCCUGGCUGCUGCCGGCACAGGCACUGAUGCUCAGGUGGCACUGGUCAAUGAGGUGAAGGCUGCUCUCAGUAGGGCACUAGCAAUGGCAGAAGGUGCUGAAAAACAUGCCAGGCUUCAAGCAGUGAUGUGCAUCAUCAGCACCAUCAUGGAGUCGUGUCCUUCCACCUCAAGUUUCUACAGCACUGCAGCAGCCAAGACACAGCACAAUGGCAUGAAUAACAUCAUUCGCCUGUUUCUGAAAAAAGGCCUGGUCAACGACUUGGCCCGUGUGCCUCACAGCUUGGAUUUGUCCAGUCCCAACAUGGCCAACACAGUGAAUGCUGCCCUGAAGCCUCUGGAGACUCUGUCCCGUAUUGUAAACCAGCCCAGCAGUUUGUUCGGGGGCAAGGGAGGCUCGAGCAAAAACAAAGCUGAACAUGACACAGUGGGCACAGCCAGGGACAGCAACAGCAACACUCAGGACCAAGGUGAGUCUGGUGAGGCUGAGCCAGUGGAGGGCAGCCAUAGAGUGCAGGGCACAGACAGUGACCUGAUGGAUGGAGAGACAGAGGGAGACACAGUGGUCAUUGCUGGUCAGCCAGAGGUCCUCAGUACGCAGGCGAUGCAGGUAGAGAAUGAGUUAGUGGAUCUGAUUGAUGAGCUGCUGGAGAGAGAUGCUGGUACUGUCAACAGCACCAUUAUAGUGGGACGCAGCGGCGAGGAUGAAUCGCAGGAGGAUGUGUUGAUGGAUGAGGCUCCCUCCAAUAUUAGCCAGGCAUCCACUCUGCAGGCCAACCGGGAAGACUCUAUGAAUAUUCUGGAACCAGAAGAUGAGGAGCACACACAGGAGGAAGAUUCUAGUGGCAGCAAUGAUGACGAGGACAGCCAGGAUGAAGAGGAGGAGGAGGAGGAGGAAGAAGAGGAGGACCAGGAUGACGAAGAAGGAGAUGAGGAUGAUGAUGAUGAAGGUUCAGAGAUGGAGCUGGAUGAAGACUUUCCUGACAUCAAUGCUGCACCCCACAUCCGCUUCGAGAGGUUUGACAGAGAUGAUGACCUCAUCAUAGAGUUUGACAACAUGUUCUCCACCACUGCUGACAUCCCUCCCUCCCCAGGCAACAUCCCCAGCUCCCACCCACUGAUGGUGCGCCAUGCUGACCAUGGUUCUCUUACCCUGGGGGCAGCAGGCACCAGCAGCCGCCUGGCACAGGGCAUGGGUCGCAGCCAGCGAACGCUGCGACAGCUCACUGCCAAUACUGGACACACCAUCCACGUCCAUUACCCUGGCAACCGCCAGCCCAACCCCCCACUCAUCCUGCAGAGACUGUUGGGCCCAAGUGCUGCAGCAGACAUCUUACAGUUGUCCAGCUCUCUGCCUCUGCAGUCUCGGGGCCGCGCCCGCCUUUUGGUAGGGAAUGAAGAUGUGCACAUCAUUGCUCGCUCUGAUGAUGAGUUGUUGGAUGACUUCUUUCAUGAGCAGAGCAGCACUGGGGGACAAGCAGGCACCCUCUCUAGCAUUCCCACUGCUUUAACAAGAUGGACAGAUGAGUGUAAAGUGCUGGAUGCUGAGAGCAUGCAUGACUGUGUAGCAGUGGUGAAGGUACCCAUCCUGCAGCAUCUAGAGAGUCUGCGAGAUGAGGAGCUUGAAGAGCGCCGGGAGAAGAGGAGGAGACAACUGGCUGAGGAGGAGGAGGCUAAGCAGAAUGAGAGGAGGGCAUCUGGAGCAGAAGAGGCCAGGGAGCAGAGUCUGCAGGGUUCUGGAUUGGGAACAGUGAACGGUACAGAGAACACUGCAGAGGGUGAGCAGGCCCAGGGUAGCACUGUGUCAUGUCUGGACCCACCCAGAGUCUCGGAGGGCUUUCUCACUGCUCCCCCAUCAGGAGAGGUCACUCCUACCACCCCUGCUCCACACGAGCAAGCCCUAGUUUCCCUGGAGACCGCCAUCAGCCAGCAGGUCCACCAGCCAAUUGCUGAUCUGCUGCUGGCUGAGUCACAUGCCAACUCACUGGCCGCUCUGGCAGGGGCAGGUCUUCCACCCUUGUCUGCAGCAGAUAGGCCCAACAGUGAAGUGGAGGCAUCCCAGAUGGAAAUGUCCCCGGCGCCUACAAUCGGUGAGAGAGGAGGAGGAGGAGGAGGUGUUGGUGGUGGAGGAGGAGGAGCGUUGGAUGAAGUCAGGGAAGCCUCCCUAAGUCCUGACAUUGUGGAGACCUCAGAGCCUGCGGCAGUAGGUGUGUCACAGUUGGAGGGUUCACCCAUGGAUACCAGCAGCCCAGCCUCUGCCACACAGGAAGAAGCUGCCCCCAACCCUGUUCAGACAGCCCACCUGUCUCAGGAACUGUCUGGCAGUGGGGACAGUGGGUUGACGGACAGGCAGACAGAUGCAGAUACAGGCUCCACUUCUGUCUCAUCCCCCGGGGAGACGAUGCCAAGGAGUGACAGCGCUGACAGCCAGUCUCAGGCCAUCCAGGAAGAGCCGCUCCCAUCCACAAGUAAUGAGGAGGAGGACCCUCUGGCUGGUAUCAGUCUGCCAGAGGGUGUGGAUCCUUCCUUCCUGGCAGCUCUUCCUGAGGACAUUCGUCGAGAAGUGCUGCAGAAUCAGCUGGGCAUCAGGCCCCCCUCCCGCCCCCCUGCCGCCUCCACCCUACCCUCCACUACUGCACCUGUGCUUGGAGGACCAGGGGUUACAGAGGUUAGCCCUGAGUUCCUGGCAGCCCUCCCACCUGCCAUCCAGGAAGAGGUGCUGGCACAGCAACGGGCAGAGCAGCAGCGCAGGGAGCUAGCCCAGCAGCCUCCUCAGGGAGACACCCCCCUGGACCCAGUCACCUUCAUCCAGACCCUGCCCUCAGAGCUCCGACGUAGUGUCCUUGAGGACAUGGAGGACAGCGUGCUGGCUGUCAUGCCCCCAGACAUAGCUGCAGAAGCAGCCGCGCUGCGCAGAGAGCAGGAGGCCCGCCAGAGGCAGCUGAUGCAUGAGAGGCUGUUUGGUCAUAGCUCAUCUUCGGCCCUGUCAGCUAUACUGCGCUCACCGGCCUUCACCAGUCGGUUAGGGAGCAACCGCGGUGUCCAGUAUACGCGACUGGCCGUGCAGAGAGGAGGCACAUUUCAGAUGGGGGGAGGAACCAACCACAGCAGACCAUCCAGUUCCAGUGUGGACUCAUUGCUGCGUCUGCGUGGUCGACUGCUGCUGGACCAUGAAGCCUUGUCCUGCCUACUCGUGUUACUGUUUGUGGAUGAACCUAAGCUCAACACCAGCCGUUUGCACCGCGUCCUCAGGAACCUGUGUUACCACUCACAGACUCGAGGCUGGGUCAUCCGCAGCCUGCUGUCCAUCCUCCAACGCAGCAGUGAGAGUGAGGUGUGUGUGGAGACGUCACGCCUUGAAGAUUCGCGUGGCAAGAGGAGUACCCAAGGGGGCUGUGGAGGAAAAGGCUCAGCAGCCUCUUCCUCCCUCUCCUCUUCAUCCUCAUCCUCUUCUCUAGAGCUACUGAACAGAGUGGAAUCUCGCAGCUCCAGCCAGCUGUCCUGGCUCUCUGUUUCUAUGGACGCAGCCCUGGGCUGCCGGACGAACAUUUUCCAGAUCCAGCGAGCGUCGGGCAGGAAGCAUGCGGACCGACACUCAACUGGGGGGUCAACAGGACCCGGGGCACUAGGUGGAGGAGUGUCAGGGACUGCAGCAGGAGUCACAUGUGCUGGAGGUGGAGGUUCCACUGUUCACAUCCACCCACAGGCUGCUCCAGUGGUCUGUCGCCAUGUACUGGACACACUGAUUCAGCUAGCCAAGGUAUUCCCCAGCCACUUCACCCAGCAGCGUUGUAAGGAUCUGUCAUCGUCCUCCUCCGAUCUGGACUCUCGUCUGUGUUCAGGCUCCACCGGUGGAGGAGGUGGAGGUGGGGGCUCCAGGUCAGGGUCCCAGUCCAUGAACAACCCCAGCUCCAAUCCCCCCAACACACAAAACUCCCUAGGCUCGUGUGCCUCUACUCCCCAGUCCCUGGGAAUUUCUACCGACUUUUGGGACCUGCUGGUCAAGUUGGACAACAUGAAUGUGAGCCGCAAGGGCAAAGCCUCCAUGAAAACUGUGCCUCUUGGGGGCAGUGCAGAGGCUGAAGGUGCCCAGUUUAGCUUGGAGGCCUCCCCUCUUGGCCAGCUGAUGAACAUGCUGUCCCAUCCCGUAAUCCGACGUAGCUCCCUGCUCACUGAGAAGCUUCUGCGUUUGCUCUCUCUUAUAUCCAUUGCCCUGCCUGACAACAAGGCCACUGAGGUGCCAGCUGGACACCCUACUCAACAGGCUGCCAACCCCAGUACGGCUACCAGCUCAGGGGCUGCAGCCUCAGUCACGACCCAGGGUUCAGCAUUGGCAGGCUCUGCCCAGGCCACAACGGCAGGCUCUGGGGUCUCAGCAGGAGCUACAUCCCAGGGCUCAUCCUCAGGGACUGGCCUGGCAGGCUCCCAGACAUCAUCUUCUACAGCCGCCUCUGUUCCCACAUCCACUGGAACCACCUCCACAGGGAAGCAAAGAGGCACUGCUAGCAGUGUUGAGAGUGACAACAAGAUGGCUUCCACUGGACUUACUGAGAAGCAGUUACAACUCUCUGUUGAGGUGUUGACCUCUCACUCAUGUUCAGAGGAGGGUCUGGAAGAUGCAGCCAAUAUCCUGCUGCAGCUGUCCAGAGGAGACAGCGCGACCAGAGACACUGUGCUCAGACUGCUGCUCAGUGGAGCUAGACACCUUGGAUAUACUCUCUGCAAACAGAUCGGCACAUUAUUGGCUGAGCUUAGAGAGUACAACUUGGAGCAGCAGAGACGGGCACGGGCUGAUGCCCAGUCCCCAGAUGCCCCUCCUGAGGAUUCCUCCCUCUCAGCCAGGCUCAAGGGCAAGAUGACCAGCAGGUUUGAUGGGGCGGAGAGUGUGGUGAUUGUGGCUGCCCAGAAGCGCACACUCGGGGGACGUGAGUUGCAGCUGCCCUGCAUGAGCUCCCUAACCUCCAAGACAUCAACACAAAAGUUUUUCUUAAGAGUUCUUCAGGUCAUUAUCCAGCUCCGUGAGGACACACGUCGUGCCAACAAGAAAGCCAAACAGACAGGACGGUUAGGCUCCACGAGUCUGGGCUCAGCUAGCAGCAUCCAGGCUGCAGUGCGUCAGCUAGAGGCCGAGGCUGACGCCAUCAUCCAGAUGGUGAGAGAGGGCCAGCGAGCACGCCGGCUCCAACAGGCCCCCCCACCUACCACCUCCUCUGCCUCUGCCGCUGCCACUGCCGGAUCCUCCGUGGCGGUGCCCCAUGCCCCCGCUGGCGCUGCUCCCCCUGCCGGCACGGCUGACGCUGCCACGUCUGAGGUGCAGUCAGUGUCAGAAGCCCAGGCAGCCCAGAGAGAUGACUCUCCAAUGGAUGUGGACCAGCCAUCCCCUCUGGAGCCGGACCCUGCACCUCUGGAUGAGGAAGGAAACAGCCAACUGGAGAGUGAGGAGAGGCUUCCAGACCUCCCUCUGCUCAGUGAGCAGCUGCUACUGGAUGAGCUGUGGGACAUGCUCGGGGAGUGCCUAAAAGAGCUUGAGGAGUCCCAUGACCAGCACGCUGUACUGGUUCUCCAACCGGCUGUGGAGGCCUUCUUCCUAGUCCACGCCACAGAGCGGGAGAGCAAACCCCCGGUGAGAGACACCCGAGAGAGUCAGCUGUCCCACAUUAAAGAUGAGCCUCCGCCACUGUCCCCAGCACCCCUCACACCUGCCACACCCUCCUCUCUGGACCCAUUCUUUUCCAGGGAACCUUCCUCCAUGCACAUCUCCUCAAACCUGCCCCCCGACACCCAGAAGUUCCUCCGCUUUGCUGAAACUCACCGCACAGUGCUUAACCAGAUUCUGCGCCAGUCCACUACCCACCUGGCUGAUGGGCCCUUUGCAGUGCUGGUGGACUACAUCCGCAUCUUGGACUUUGAUGUCAAGAGGAAGUACUUCCGCCAAGAGCUGGAGCGGCUGGACGAAGGCCUGAGGAAGGAGGACAUGGCUGUACAUGUCAGGAGAGACCAUGUGUUUGAGGACUCCUACAGGGAGCUUCACCGCAAGAGCCCAGAGGACAUGAAGAAUAGGCUGUACAUUGUGUUCGAAGGGGAGGAAGGCCAGGAUGCAGGAGGGCUGCUGAGGGAAUGGUACAUGAUCAUCUCUCGGGAGAUGUUCAACCCCAUGUACGCCCUGUUCCGCACCUCACCGGGCGACCGCGUCACCUAUACCAUCAACCCCUCAUCUCACUGCAACCCCAACCAUCUCAGCUACUUCAAGUUUGUGGGCCGUGUGGUAGCCAAGGCAGUCUAUGACAACCGGCUGUUGGAGUGCUACUUUACCCGCAGCUUCUACAAGCACAUCCUGGGCAAGAGUGUCAGGUACACCGACAUGGAGAGUGAAGACUACCCGUUCUUCCAGGGCUUGGUGUACUUGUUGGAGAAUGAUGUGUCCACACUGGGCUAUGAGCUCACAUUCAGCACCGAGGUCCAGGAGUUUGGGGUGUGUGAAGUGAGGGACCUCAAGCCCAAUGGAGCCAAUAUCCUGGUCACAGAGGAAAACAAGAAGGAAUAUGUGCACCUGGUCUGCCAGAUGAAGAUGACAGGUGCGAUCCGGAAGCAGCUGGCAGCCUUCCUGGAGGGCUUCUACGAGAUCAUCCCAAAGAGGCUGAUCUCCAUCUUCACUGAGCAGGAGCUGGAGCUGCUCAUUUCUGGCCUGCCCACGAUUGACAUCGAUGACCUAAAGGCCAACACAGAAUAUCACAAAUACCAGUCCAGCUCUAUUCAGAUCCAGUGGUUCUGGAGGGCCUUACGUUCUUUUGACCAGGCAGACCGAGCCAAGUUCCUACAGUUUGUUACAGGCACAUCCAAGGUGCCUCUGCAGGGUUUUGCUGCUCUGGAGGGCAUGAACGGCAUCCAGAAGUUCCAGAUCCACCGUGAUGAUCGCUCCACUGACCGACUGCCGUCUGCUCAUACCUGCUUUAACCAGCUGGACCUCCCAGCCUAUGAGAGCUAUGAAAAGCUGAGACAUAUGCUGCUGUUGGCCAUUCAAGAAUGCUCAGAGGGAUUCGGACUGGCAUAAACAAUGAGACUCUUUACACACACAGACAUGCAUACAAACACUUGAUUUAGACUUGCCUACUCUUUACACAUUCAUACUGAUAACCCAUAAAUGCACGCACACACCACACAUGCACACAGUCCACAAUCACAGACAUUACUGGAUUACCUGUUGAAUGGCCUAGACUUACUGGUUUCUAAUCCAUAUAAAGAAACAGAUAAACCAGCAAGUGAAAUGAACUGAUUGACAUUGCCUACUACACACAGAGCCUCAUGUUGACACAACUGUGUCUCCCUUCCCAAUUUAAUGGCAAACGCGAGAGCGGAUUCAGAGGAUAAACAUGGACUAAUAUAAGAGACAUUUUCUCCAUUUAGUUUGAUUUCUCUGUACAAAAGGUUUGGGAGUUUAUUAUGUUUAAUCUUUUUUGUUCUUCUCUGGCUGUGUAAAAAGAAAAAAGAGAAGGUUGUGUGUGUGUGAACAGGAUGGUUAUAAAACCUUUGGGGAAAAAAUGUUGGUUGUUUCUUGUUGCAAAUUUGUGACCUCACAAGCCUUGAAGAUGGGGAACAUUUUUAUGGGGGGUUAAAGAUCAACUUGAGAAGUUUUGGAGAUAUUCACGAAAAUGCACUUUUCAAAAGUUUUGUGGCAUUUUUAAGGAAGGAUGGUACAAAAAUGAAGAGAACAACUGAAGGAGAUACAGACAUUAACCAUAAAUUCUAGAGUAUUUUUGGCUAUUAAAUCGCUGACCCAGCCUUGAGCCUUUGAAUCAGAGUGGAAUAACUACAUGAAUAAAUGCAUAUAAUUGA